CAUUUGUAGAUGAUUCGUUAGUUCAGUUUUGCGUAGCCAGACGACUAUUAUUUUAAAUUUUCAAAAUUUUAAAAUCAAAUUUUUCAAUUUUAGCUAAAAUGAAAUAUUUUCCUGAAUUGCUGAAGCAUGGAAUAGCAUGUACACCCAGAUACGUUUCCAAAGUAUCCAGUAGUAAGCCACACAGUCUGUCCAAUUCUAAGCGUAAGUCAACAGAUGGCGACCAUGUUUGGAAGAUGUCUUUGCUCAAACGGUUAAAAUCAAACAACACAGAGGACCAGAAAAAGGGCGGCGGCAAAGAUGCAAUCGCCGGCAAGAAUAUCAUUUUCGUCGCCGGCCUGGGUUGCAUUGGAAUGGACACCAGUCGGGAGAUUGUCAAGAGCGGACCAAAGAACCUGGUUAUCCUUGAUCGACUUGAGAAGCCAGAGGCUAUUGAAGAACUAAGUGGCAUGAACCCAAAAACAAAAGUAACGUUCCACCCCUAUGAUGUAACCGUUCCAUUAGAGGAGUCCGUAAAGCUGAUGAAGACAAUCUUCGGCCAGCUGAAGACAGUCGAUCUGCUCAUCAAUGGAGCUGGCAUCCUGGAUGACCACCAGAUCGAAGGAACCAUUGCAGUGAACUUCACAGGCACAGUGAACACCACCACGGCCAUCAUGCCCUUCUGGGACAAGCGCCAGGGUGGCCCAGGCGGUGUCAUUGCGAACAUCUGCUCGGUGACAGGCUGCAAUGCCAUCUACCAGGUGCCUGUGUACUCCGCAUCCAAGGCAGCUGCCCUCAGCUUCACCAUGUCGCUGGCUAAACUGACUCCGAUUACUGGCGUAACUGCCUAUUCCAUCAACCCUGGCAUCACGAAGACAACUCUGGUCAACAAGUUUAACUCGUGGCUGGAUGUGGAGCCUUGUGUGGCCCAGUUGCUUCUGGCGCAUCCCACUCAGACGACUAAGCAGUGCGCCAAGAGCUUUGUGAAAGCAAUCAAAGAAAACAAGAAUGGAGUCAUAUGGAAACUGGACUUGGGUCGCCUGGACACCAUCAAAUGGACCAAGCACUGGGACUCCCACAUAUAAUUGCUCAAGUCUCGAAACUCAGAAGUUUGUGGCCGACAGAUCAGAUUCACCGAAAGUCAACUAAAUUUUAAGUUUAAGUAUAAGGCUAAAAACAGAUUAGAUAUUUUUCAAGUGAAAUAAAUAUACUCGCUUAAUUUAUGAAA